AAGCAGCAGCUGCUUCCGGAGUCGGAGUGGGAUGCGUUCGUGGCCAGCAUGCGCCAGCCGCUGCCCACCACGUUCCGCAUCAACGCCAAUGGUCCGUUUGCGAUGCACAUCCGCGACGAGAUGGAGAGGCAUGUGGCCGAGUCGUUCAGCCAGCCGUUGGAGGUGGAGGGGGAGCGCGUGGAGGCGCCACGGGUGCUGCCGUGGUACCCGGACAGGCUGGGCUGGCACCUCAACAUCUCCCGCCAGCAGCUGCGCACCCUGCCCGAGCUCAACAGGCUGUUUGACUUCAUCAAAAGGGAGAACGAGAUUGGCGCCAUCACUCGCCAGGAGGCAGUCAGCAUGAUCCCACCGCUUCUUCUGGACGUGCAACCGCAUCACAACGUGCUCGACAUGUGUGCGGCGCCAGGGUCAAAGACCUUUCAGCUGCUGGAGAUGCUGCAUGGGGGGUGCGGGCCUGCGCAGCUGCCCUCGGGCAUGGUGGUGGCAAACGAGUUGGACAUAAGGCGCUGUCACCUCCUGGUGCACCAGACGCAGCGCCUCUCCUCGCCCUGCAUCCUCGUCACCAACCACGCCGCCCAGCUCUUCCCCUCCCUCUCCAUCUCCUCUCAACCCUCUGCCGCUGCCGCUGCCCCUGCCCCUGCCCCUGCCCCUGCCCCCGCUGCUGCUGAGGUGGAGAAAAAAGGGGAGGAGAAAGGGGAGAAGGCGGAGGCAGUGGGUGCUGAGAGCAAGGAGCAGGAGGGGACCAAGGAGGGCGGGGCGGAGGGAGAGGCGAAGGGUGAGGGGAAAGGGGAGGGGGAGGGCGAGGGGGAGCUGUUUGACCGCAUUCUGUGCGACGUGCCGUGCAGUGGCGAUGGCACCAUGCGCAAGGCACCUGAUAUCUGGAAGAAGUGGAACACGGGCAACGGCAACGGGCUGCAUGCGCUGCAGAUCAAAAUCGCCAUGAGGGCGGUGGCGCUGUUGCGGGUGGGGGGGCGGUUGGUCUACUCCACGUGUUCCCUCAACCCCCUCGAGAACGAGGCCGUCGUUGCUCAGAUCCUACGGGAGUCCAAUGGGUGCAUGCGUCUGGUGGACUGCUCGCACAUGCUUCCCAACCUCAAGCGUUCGCCCGGCCUCAAGUCGUGGAAGGUGAAGGAUCGCUUUGGCUGGCAUGCCCACUAUACCCCGCGCAUCGUGUACCGAGGGGCAGUCACCACCCCAUCCAUGUUCCCCUCCGGUAAAGCACCCGCUGCUGCCGCUGCCACUGCUGCUGUUGCCCCUGCCGCUGCUGCCACCGAUGGUGCCGCAGUUGUUGCUGAUGCUCCCGCUGUUGAUUGCAAAGAUGCUGCAGCUGUUGUGGAGGGGGGCGGUAAGGAAGGGGAGGGGCAACAGGAGAGCACGAAGGAAGUGCAGGGAGAGGGAGAUAAGGAGAAGGGGGGUGAGGAAGGAGAGGGAGAGGAGGGAGGAGAGGGGAAGGAGGGAGAGGAGGGAGAGACAGCAGAGGGGGAGGAGGGAGGAAAACCAGAAGGGAGGCAAAGAGAGGGCAGGAGGUGGAGGAGAAAUGCAGAAGUGGUGGAAGAGGAGGAGGAGGCGGAGGCGGAGGUGUGUGAGCAGCCGGUGGAGCUGUGUGUGCGAGUGCUGCCUCACCAGCAGGACACGGGAGGGUUCUUCAUUGCUGUGCUGGACAAGGUUGCGCCUUACAGUGGUGCAAAUGAUGAUGACCAAGACCUGCUGAGCCCAAACUCUGCUGAUGCUCCUAAUUCCAUUGACGGUGUGUCGGAGCCCGGCGACCCUGCAGAGGAGGCAGAAGCAGACGCAGAAGCAGACCCAGCAGACGAACCAGAUGCUGCUGCUGCUGUUGCCGGCCCUGGAGACAGCAAGGAGCAGGAGAAGCAGCAGCGCGCGCAGCGGCGGCAGCAGCAGGGGCGGUGGAGGGGAGUAGACCCGGUGCUGUUCCUCUCAGAUGAGCCAACCAUCACCAGCGUGGAGGCAUUCUACGGCAUCCUCCCCGCCUUCCCCCUGCGUUCGCAGCUGAUCGUGCGCAGCGAGGCGCCCAGCCACAGCAAGCGCAUCUACCUGGUGUCGAAGCCCAUUGCGCAGGCCAUCAGGGCGAACCAGGCGUCAGGGCAGCGCCUCAAGAUGGUGUCCACUGGGGUCAAGCUCUUUGAGCGGCAGAGCACCAAGGACGGCGAGGUGCCGUGCUGCUUUCGCCUCUCAGCGGAGGGCCUGCCUUUCAUCCUGCCCUUCAUAACGCGCCAGCUCGUGCACGUGCCCCCGCGCGACUUCCGUGUGAUGCUCUCCAAGCGCUCAGUUCUGCUCACCGAGCUGACUGAAGGGGUUGCUAAGGAUCUAGAGGCGGCGGACAUGGGCUGUGUGGUUCUCGUGCUGGACCCCAAAGACUCUCCCCAAGGCGAGCAGCAGCAGCGCGGGCAGCUGACGGGGAGGGAGGCGGUGGUGAUAGUGUGGCGGGGCAGACGCAACGUGGGGCUCAUGCUGUCCAAGUGA